AUGGCCACGCCUACCCUGUCCCUCUGCUCUAGCGACCGGAGCUACGGCAGCCGUGUUUGCCUGCCCGGCUCCUGUGACUCCUGCCCCGACUCCUGGCGACAGGUGGACGACUGCCCAGAGAGCUGCUGCGAGACCCCCUUCUGUGCCCCCUCUGCUCCCUCCUGCUGCAGCUCCUCCCCCUGCCAGGAAGACUGCUAUGUGUCUGUCUGCUGCACCCCUGUCUGCUGCAAGCCCUUCUCCCUGCUCAGCCCCCUCCUGCCACCAGUCCAGCCUCUGUUCCCUGUCCUGCUGCAGACCCUCCUCCUGCGCAUCCCUACUCUACUGCCACAUCAAGCCCACCCCCGGUGUUCGCGCAAGAGCAAGGGCAGCGCGUGGAGUACGGGUGCUCCCACAGCUUCCUUCAUAACCACUAAACCUGGAGACACCCCAGAUGGACUUCAACAGGCUCCCACGCGGAGUCCAGACCAAUCAGAUGAUGGCCUUCAGAUUCCCGCCCAGGACGGGAUCCUGGGGGUCCUGUCACUGACCCCUGGCCCCGGGGAAGACGGACCCCGUCAGCAGCAGGACUUCUGGGCCGAGGUGGGCACGCAGCAGGCCUGGCGGGAGCCCACAGGGCGGCAGAGCAGGGACACGCAGGAGGACCGGCGGCAGCAGCUGGGCUGGCAGGAGGAGCCAGAGGCACAGCAGGAGGAGGCGGGCACGCAGCAGGCGGGCCUGCACACGGGGCGGCAGAGCAGGGACACGCAGGAGGAUGCCUCCUCCAGCCCCACCGCCCCCACCAUGGCCACGUCCACCCUGUCCGUCUGCUCCAGCGACCUGAGCUACAACAGCCGCUUCUGCCUGCCCGGCUCCUGUGACUCCUGCCCCGACUCCUGGCAGGUGGACGACUGCCCAGAGAGCUGCUGUGAGCCCUCCUGCUGUGCCCCCACCUGCUGUGCCCCCACCUGCUGUGACUCCAGCUGCUGUGCCCCCUCCUGCCUGACCCUCAUCUGCACCCCUGCGAGCUGCGGGUCCAGCCCCUGCCAGUCAGCCUGCACCAGCUCCUGCCAGCCUUCCUGCUGCAGCUCCUCCCCCUGCCAGAAAGACUGCUGUGUGUCUGUCUGCUGCAAGCCCGUCUGCUGCACCCUUGUCUGCUGCACCCCUGUCUGCUGUGAGGCCUCCCCCUGCUCAGUCUCUUCAUGCUGCCAGCAGUCUAACUGCCAGCCCUCCUGCUGCAGCUCCUCCCCCUGCCAGGAAGACUGCUGCCAGCCUGUCUGCUGCACCCCUGUCUGCUGCAAGCCUGUCUGCUGCACCCCUGUCUGCUGCAAGCCCGUCUGCUGCACCCCUGUCUGCUCUGGGCCCUCCUCCUGCUGCCAGCCCAACCCCUGUUCCUCGUCCUGCUGCAGACCGUCCUCCUGCGUGUCCCUGCUCUGCCGUCCCGUGUGCAAGCCCGCCCCCUCCUGCUGUGCCCCCGCCUCCUCUUGCCAGCCCAGCUGCUGCCGCCGGUCCUCCUGUGUGUCCCUGCUCUGCCGCCCCGCGUGCUCCCGCCAGGCCUGCUGCAUGCCCACCUCGGCCCAGAAGUCCUGCUGCUGA